AGACCUCCGCAACUGUGAUUGGCUAGGAUAAAUCCUUCAACAACCCCGGGAGCGCCGCCUGUCACAUGACUACUCCAAUUGCCGAAAUCGAAGGAGACAUUGACACAGCCAUAGACAAAGACAACCUCAAUCCUUUCAGUAUGAUGCUUCUACAAGAUGGUCAAGACAAAGACGCGAAUCAUACACCUCAGCAGCAGCAGCAACAAGUCUAUUUUCUCCAAUCCAUUAACUCCAACAUAGUCAUUAGGCAACUCCCAUCUCAAGGUCUUUCCUUCCAACUCUGGCCUGCCGCCACCAUUCUCAUCACUCUCCUUGACAACAUCCGUGGCGCAUCAACUCCGCUUUCCGACUUGUUCAAACGUCAAGAAGAAGAGGAUUCACCCCUUCGCAUUCUUGAACUGGGUUCAGGAACAGGUGUUGUAGGGAUAGCUGCUGCUGCAAUUCUUGGUGCUAAGAUAACUGUUACUGACCUCCCUCAUGUUCUGCCUAAUAUACAGUUCAAUGUUGAUGUGAACUCUAAGGUUCUGGAACAGCAGAGUGGGGUUGUUGAUGUUGCGGCGCUUAGCUGGGGGGAGAGCCAGGAUAUGGAGGCUGUUGGUAGAGAUUAUGACCUGAUUUUGGGAUCUGAUGUGGUGUACCAUGAUCACCUCUAUGAUCCUCUGAUUAAAACGCUGAAGUUCUUCCUGUUAGGGGGUGAAAAGAAGAUAGCUUUUGUGAUGGCUCAUUUGAGAAGAUGGAAGAAGGAAUCUGUAUUCUUCAAGAGAGCUAAGAAGCUUUUUGAUGUCCAAAUCAUACAUACAGAGCCUCCAUCCAAUGGGUCUAGGAUUGGGGUGGUUGUGUACCUUUUCACGGGGAAAAGAUAGCCUCAAAAAGAGCCACUGUCGUCAACCAACGCAUGAUGUUAGUAUUAACCUUAUUGUCAUGUUUAACAGUGGGGUUUACCCAACAAAGAAGUAAAACGCUCUUUGCUUUUACAUGGAAA